AUGGCACCUAAAAAAGCGGCAGUGGUCGAAGCUCAACCUUCUUCCACCGAUGACCAGGCCCCACAAGAUGACAACGAAAAGGAAUCGGAUGCUGCUAUCGUGCGUCCGCUUCACCAACGUGCGCCCUCCACCACGGCCAUGGUCAAAGAGGCGAUAAAAGCCCUGGACUCCAGAAAAGGCGUGUCGUCCCAGGCGAUCCAAGCCUAUGUCCAACAGCAUUACCCCUUUGUGGAUCCCGUGCGGUUUAAGGGCCUGGUGCGCAAAGCUCUGAGGAAGGGCCUUGAGGAUGGCACUUUGGUGAGACCUGCAAACUCUACCGCUGGCACUGGUGCCACCGGAAGAUUCAAGCUGGCACAGAAACCAAAAGGGUCAAAGGUAAAGACUGAGAAUGCUGACCCAAACGUGCCGAGUGCCACAAAAGCGGCAGGGAAGGAAGUAUUAAAAGCUGCAGGGACCGAGGCAAAAGGCGAUGCAAAGAAAAGGCCUGCUAUCAAGAAGAAGCCCAAACAGGAUGACAAAUCAUCUGAGGAACCUAAGCCAGAAAAAAAGUCUAAGGAUGACAAGGUCGUUUCUUCUAAGGUUGUGCCACCAAAAAAGCCUAAAGCUGCCAAAGAACGGGCAGAGUCUGAAGAGGGUGAACCUGUUACAACAAAACCAAAAGGAAAAAAAGCUGUAAAGGAAGAGAAGCCAGAGAAGGCAAAGCCUGCACAAAAAGGAAAGGGUGCACCAGGCAAAGCACAGGCUGCAAAAUCAGAGGCCCCAACAAAAGCACAAGGAAAACGAGGGAAGAAGGCUUCAGAAUAA